AUGUCUUUCAGGGCUUUCAAGAGACUACAGAAGCAGCGCGAACUUGAACAGCAGAAAGCUGAGCAAGACAAUGCAUCUGACGAUGAUUCACAGGACCUGAAGCCAUCCACCUCGAAAUUCAACGCCUUUGACCUCUUGGAAACCGAAGAAGCGGAUGAGCAGCAAUCAGACAUUGAGGAGGCGCCUUUAGAGGCUAAACCAGAGCCGGCACCUACGCCAAAGACUGGCGGAAGCAAGAAGAAGAAACAGAAAAAGCAAAAGGGAAAAAAUGGCACAGUCACGAAGGACGUUAAACCCUCCGGCUCAGCUACACCCAAGCAUGAAGAUCUGGACGAUAUCGAUCGAGCCUUGCAAGAACUCUCUACGAAGAAUGCUGGAGAAGGACCGGAUAAUCUUGCCGACAGACAAUCACGAAUUGCGAACGAUGAAACCGAAAACAUGCUUUGUGCGCUGCUGGCGGUUGAUUCCAAAAGGCUGAAUGCGAUGAAUGAAAUGAAGAGACUGUUUGGCAAUGCUGCUGUAGAAAGUAGACAUUCAAAUGGUGGACAACAGUUUCCAGCUCGCAGGCGGGAGAGAAAUCGGCAGGCGCUUGACUUGGGCAGAGCGUUAACUGGGAGGUUCAGCCCCGCGAGUCGAGGGCAGGAUCUCUCCGGAACGACUCUUCGGAAAAAUGUACUCAUGCAAGGUAAAGACGAAUGGCCCCGAGCAAACAGUGGUGGUCUUGGGAUGGAGGUUGUAGAAAAACGGCCUUCUGGAGUGACUGAAUAUAAGCUUGUUCAUAACGCAGCAUACGUUGAUGCUCAAAGACAAUUUGACAUGUGUGUGCAGUCAAUGCAAGCGGAGAGAAUGAUAGAGCACCUGCAAUUUAAUCCAUACCACAUAUCUACCUUGCUACAAGUAUCAGAGAUCGCCAAACACCAAGGCGAUCAUGCUGUCUCCGGCGACCUGUUAGAAAGGGCAUUGUUUAAUAUUGGCCGGUCCGUCCAGUCGUCCUUCGCCUCUUGCAUAAAAGAAGGGAAGGCAAGGCUGGACUUUAAUCUGAAAGAGAACCGCGAGCUUUGGCUUGCUGGGUGGAGGUAUAUCAUAAACCUAGGGAUGAAGGGCACAUGGAAAACUGCGUACGAGUGGGCAAAGCUUCUUCUGAGCCUGGGUGACGAAGAUCCGUAUUGUGUGAGCUUGACGAUUGAUCAGAUUGCAAUAAAAGCCAGAGAGCAUGAACACUUCAUCCAACUCUGCUCGCAUCCUACUUUCAAAAGUCGCUGGGAAUUAUUCCCAAAUAUUCAGUGCUCCCUAGCUCUGGCGCAUUUCCAAAAGGGAAAUGCAAAGGAGUCGAGAGCGCAACUCCGUUUCGCCAUGUCCCGAUACCCAUGGGUGUUUUGUCGGCUUGUUCAGGAACUAAAUGUUAACUCCGUACCGAAGUCCAUCUGGGGAGCGCAAGCUCCCGACAAUGCUUUUAGGUUGUUAACCGAGCUGUACAUCAACCGUGCCAAGGAUAUAUGGAACACGCCAGAAGCAAUAUCUCUUCUAGUGGAAGUAGCCGGCAACAUUAGCGCUCCGGAACCCGCAGCAAAGGCCCCAGAAAUAUCGUUGAACGUCGCCCGUCAUAUCAUUCUCUCUGAUAUCCCAGCGGUCACAACACACCUGCCAAGGACCUUCACAACCAGGCAUAUUUCAGCGUCCGAUCCAUUACCGCCGAAUGGGUUACCUGAAGAACAAUCUGCCUCUUCAUGGUUCUUCGAUGCUGUGCGAAAUGCAAUUGGCCUCGAUAACGCCGAACACCUCCGUGGCGGAUUUGCACCUCCAGGGCGAGAUGACUCAGGCUCCGAGGGUGCUGAAUGGCCUGAAGGAAGCGAAGAAGGCACCGUUACAUACCUUCUGGAUGAGGGUUGGCAAGAACUCUGUCAAUUCUUGGAUGUCCACGGUAUCGACCCGGGUAACUGGCAGAUUGACCGAGAUCGUACGCCUUUAGCCUCCUGGGUCGAAACAUUGCGCCGGCUUGACCCGGAACCACAGAACUUUUUUAUGCAGUUUGCAGCCACGACAUCGAACCCAGAUAUCAUGCUUGAAUUAUUGAGAGAAGAACUAGCGCGGCAAACUGAGGAGGGCUGAUUUAACUUUGUUCCAGAUAACAGCACUGUGUCACUCUCUAGGGCUGUUUGAUGGCUGCUUUUACGGGGUACAGGCUUGCCCGUGAAAUUAAUAGAAGUGAGGAACGGAUAAUGCUGUCUAUAGAGCUGGAAAAGAAAAUAU